AUGAACAUGCUGUGGUCAGGAGUUUACAAAAUUGGCGAUGAGCGACCAGAAACGCUACAAGUCCGUCUCAGUAGGCCUGAUUCUGGAUUAUCAUGGGGAUUUCGGCUUCAAGGGGGCGAUUUUAAAACUCCUUUAUCUGUUCUAAAGGUUCAACCCAAAAGUAUAGCGGAACGAUGCGGAAUAAGAGCAGGGGAUGGAAUUUUACGCAUCAACAACCGGAACACAGACGGACUGACGCACGAACAGGCUAAGAUGGAGAUCAUACGCUCAUGCAAUGACAUUGACAUGCUUAUAAUGAGGGGGGCGGUGCACAUCUGGCGACCGACGCUGACGCUUCCGCAACCGCAAACGAUCCGCACGGUCACUGGAGACCAGGUGUUAACCACUCAGAAAACAUCUCUAGAAAAUUAUUUCCAAGAUGAGUCAAACAAUAUCGGCAGUUCCUAUAACCGCUCCGCAAAACCGUUUGGUGGCCAAGCGCCCCGUGUCCAGACGCAACUCCCGACCUAUCCCACGUACCCAGGAUCCCUGACGAACUACGGCGGUAGCUUUGGGCCAACCCCCGAGUCACCGAAGAAGGCAGUGCCCAAAGUAGUUCAUGCCCAGUACAACUCUCCCAUAGGGCUGUACUCGGCGGAUAACAUCGCGCACACGUAUGCUCAGCAGACGUCUGGAAUUCAGAAGGAAAUGCAGAACCUAUACGUUGAAAAUGCCCCAGUGGGACAGAGGUUCACGGGCACUUACCAGCGUUUGGACUCAUCUGACUCACAAACCUUUGGCAAUCAAUAUGGCUCCCCAAAAGGCUCCCAGCCGAGCGGUUUCCGUGUCGUUAAGGCGCCAACGGCAACGUCAAACUAUGCACCACCUCCAAAGUGGUAGAUGGCCCAUGCCUCUGGGAUAACAUGCGCUGCUCUGGAGCCGUUUAUUAUUAAUGUACACGCGGUGGAAGUACACUAAAGGUUACAGAUGUUUCUAUGUUAGUGAUGUAUUAUUUCCACAGGAACAAAAUGUACACCUUAUGACCUUUACCUUGACCUUACCCCAUCUCUAUAGCAACCCGGAGAACAAAUAGCAUUGAUUAUUAGAAAACCCUUUGCAUUACUGAAGUCAAGUGUGCAAAAUGCUUGCAGGCAAACUGUGCAUAUGGUCUGCAAACACCUGACAUUACAUUGAAAGCAAAUUUCAUUAAUAUGUUAUUCAAAUAUAAGGCAAAAGGAUAAUGGUGUGAUGGGAUACUUGUUAAAUCUGUUGUAAAAAAUAUUUUCGCAAAAUUGAACUUUUCGAUCUAGUGAUAUCAAUUAGUUUUUGUUUAAAUUUUAUAUUAUGAGAAAACCAAUAACAUGCACAUGUCAUGGACAAAUGUGGAAACAGUUCUUCGUUGGUGCUAUUUUGGUUUGUUGUGAGAUUGG